AAGGGCGCUCCGCGAGCCCGUCUCUCCUCGAAUGAAAGGAAACAACCUCCGGCGACAGAGCCCCGCUCUUAGGCACUGCUGGAGAACCUAGACCGACUUCUUUCUCUUUCCCCUCAUUGGCGCUUCCCUCCUGCCGUCCGCCUCUGGGCCCGGCUGCAUUUCUUGAGACUUAAAGUGGCAUUCUAAAGGCAAUUUAAAAAUCAUGUCAAGCUCAAUUGAACAGAAAAAAGGGCCUACAAGACAGCGCAAAUGUGGCUUUUGUAAGUCAAAUAGAGACAAGGAGUGUGGACAGUUACUAAUAUCUGAAAACCAGAAGGUGGCAGCACACCAUAAGUGCAUGCUCUUUUCAUCUGCUUUGGUCUCAUCACACUCCGAUAAUGAAAGUCUUGGUGGAUUUUCUAUUGAAGAUGUCCAAAAGGAAAUUAAAAGAGGCACAAAGCUGAUGUGUUCUUUGUGCCAUUGUCCUGGAGCAACAAUUGGUUGUGAUGUGAAAACAUGUCACAGGACAUACCACUACCACUGUGCAUUGCAUGAUAAAGCUCAAAUACGAGAGAAACCUUCACAAGGAAUUUACAUGGUUUAUUGUCGAAAACACAAGAAAACUGCCCAUAACUCUGAAGCUGAUUUAGAAGAAAGUUUUAAUGAACAUGAACUGGAGCCCUCAUCCCCAAAAAGUAAAAAGAAAAGUCGCAAAGGAAGACCAAGAAAAACUAAUUUUAAAGGGCUGUCAGAAGAUACAAGGUCCACAUCUUCCCAUGGAACAGAUGAAAUGGAAAGUAGUUCCUAUAGAGAUAGGUCUCCACACAGAAGCAGCCCUAGUGACACCAGGCCUAAAUGUGGAUUUUGUCAUGUAGGAGAGGAAGAAAAUGAAGCAAGAGGAAAACUGCAUAUAUUUAAUGCCAAGAAAGCAGCUGCACAUUAUAAGUGCAUGUUAUUUUCUUCUGGUACAGUCCAGCUCACAACAACAUCAAGAGCAGAAUUUGGAGAUUUUGAUAUUAAAACUGUACUUCAGGAGAUUAAGCGAGGAAAAAGAAUGAAAUGUACACUUUGUAGUCAGCCCGGUGCUACUAUUGGAUGUGAAAUAAAAGCCUGUGUUAAGACCUACCAUUACCACUGUGGAGUACAAGACAAAGCUAAAUACAUUGAAAAUAUGUCACGAGGAAUUUACAAACUGUAUUGUAAAAAUCAUAGUGGAAAUGAUGAGAGAGAUGAAGAAGAUGAGGAACGAGAGAGUAAAAGCCGGGGAAAAGUAGAAAUUGAUCAGCAACAACUAACUCAGCAGCAACUUAAUGGAAACUAGGUUCAUGGGACAGAGUUAGAAAACUGGGAAUGAAUAAGACAUCCAUAACUACUAUUCUUUUUUCACUGUUUUCUAAAAUUAAAAAGGGUUUGUAACUUUUUACUGCCCAACUAUUAGAUCUUUCAUUGAACUGCCUAAAAACAUCUUGUUUGUAAAUGAGCCUUCACUAGACGGCGAGUUUGACAUGUUGGUAUUACGUAGCUGUAGUUUGCAGUUUCUGGGAAGCAAUUGAAAUACUAUUAACCCUGUGUAUAGUGUCAACAGUUAAAGCAGACAUUGAAAUGAAGUAAGCUAUAUUUCUGGACUGAACAAAGUUCUACUGUUUAGAGUGUUUAAGUUUGUUUAGUGGAUUCAUGCUCAAGGGAAACUAUAAGCAAAUUUUACUUUACAAUGCAAACAUGCCGCUGGUGGCAACACAUGGUAAUUUGUGGAUUUUUUUUUUCACACUCAAGUAAUGGAGGCUAGAAAUGAAGAGAACCUUCUUUUUCUCUUGGCUUUGACAGCACAUGCUAAAAAUCUCUUCCAAGAAGUGUGCUGAAGCUUUUCAUUUGGUUCCUGUUAACGUUGUUCUCACUGACCAGCAUGGACUCGGGCAACUGGUGAUUAUAAGCUAUGAGCUCCAGUGCUUAUGCCAAAAUUCUCUCGACAAUACACUGCUUGUCUUUCCAUGUCAUACAAAGAGCUUCUGGCAAAAUGAUUGAAUCCUUUCACGUUUAAACUAAUAUUUGGCAACAGCAAAUUAAACCUCUUUCUGAUUAAGGGGUUACUACUUGCUAAGGACUUUAGACACCAUGUCUGAAACCCAUUCCUCCCAAGUGCCCUGUUGUGUGAACACUUCACAUAUUGGCCCAAAGUAUGUAAGGAGGUCUCGUGUGUUAUAGGAGUAAAAAACAGUCUUUGCAGAAAACAGUAUUUAUUUUUAAUUUUGUGACCACUAUUUUAGAAACUUUAUUUAAUAUUUGUAAUGUUUUCAGUCAUUGCUUUUGUUAUCUAUUAAAUAGGCUUUGGGGCCCUGCUUUUUUUCUGGCAGGGCUCAGUGUUGUUUUAUUCAUCAUCACAAUUGUUGAUGAAAGCCUAAGAACCCACCCAGCUUUUUAGAAAGGAUUUUUACACUGGCAUUUCCAGCUAGUGAUAUUUUCUUCCACUUCUCUGCUGAAGCACAUUUAUAUGUUUCUUUAUGGCAAAACCAAAAACAACAACAACAACAAAAAAAACUUUAGUUGUGGUCUGCCUGAUAUUACCAUAGCACCUCAAUACCAAGGGUAGGAUUCUGAUUUCUGAAUUAUUAGUUAACCUACCACAGUAAAGCAGAUUUGCAAAUAAGAAACAACAUGCUAACUUGACUAUACAUUGAGAUAUUCUGCAGCUGAUAGAUUUAAAAAUGUAACAGGUGGAAAAUUACACUGUGCUUAAUGACUGAAUUUUUUAACUGMUAGUCCCUUAAGAUCAUGUUUGUCAAGUGUGUAUUUACACAUUUCCUUAAAUCAAGGGACUCUAUGCGUGCUUUAUUUUAACCAUCUUUAUUGUUAUUUUUAGAAGGAAACUAGCUUUAGUAGUGGAUUGCCCUCCAUGUUUUCUCUUUUUGCUCUUAAUCUGUCAUCAUGUGUAUGUGAUUAAUUUUCAAAGUUCAUCAUGACUUGAAGUGCAAGGACAGAUCUAAAUGUUUGUUUACCAAGCUAUGUGACUUUUCCCAAAGGAUCUGUACUUUAUUUCCUUAAAACGGCUUGAAAAACCAUUAUUUUUUAAAUCUUUAAAUCACUGUGUCUAGAUCAUUUUUACAUUGUGUGCCAUAGAACUUACCCACGGAGAAACAGAGCUCCUUCAUUUUUGGACAACUACUGUAAUGAUGUGUUUUUUUUUAGGAAAAAAUGGAAGGUGCCAGGGGUAAUCAUGGCCAGUCAAUAAUUAUAUAAAGGACUUCAAAUACUAUAGCUGUCACUUGAUGGAUUUGUUAUGUAGUAAAAUGUACAACUUUGUAUGGGUUUCUUUAGCCCUUUCUCUGCCACUAGCAACCAGAAUAGCACUUUACCUUUUGGUUGGCUAGAUAAGUGGCUGACUACCUGUUUUUCUCACUGUGGUGUGAUUGGCUAAAUAAUCUUUCAUUAAAAUUGAAAUGUAAAUUACAGUCACAUGAAAAAUCACCUUGGGUUGUAAACCUCCAAUAUUUUGAUUCUCUAUCCAUGUUUUCAUCACAUGCUGAGUAAAAGUGCCUUACAAUGUAAAAAUUGUACAGUACUUAUGUUCCCAAGUAGCAUCAUCAUAUUCUGGGUAGUAAUUCCAUUGUGGUAUUAAUAUUUAGAUAAAUGGACCUCAGCAGUGUAUUUACUGUACAUCUCUUAAGUCUUUAACUGUAGUUUUAAUAAGCAUGACAUUAUUUGAUAAGUAUAUGACAUUUACAUCAUUUCCAAAAAUACUGCCAUUACUGUCUUUUAUGUAUAUUUUAGCCUGAAAUUUUGAAGCAUCUUUUUCUUUCUUUCCUUUUUUCUUUUUGUUUUGUUUUAUUUUUGUUAUUGAUAUUAAACAGUGUAAUCUUUGCAAGCGUAUAUUGAAGAUUAUUCUGGAGCAUUUAUUGCCUUACCAGAAAUGUUAGUAAGAAAUGUUCUUUAGAGUAGAAAGAUAGACUUGAGUUUCUAUACUUUAAUAAGAGCUCUUUGUUCCUGGGGGGAGGUGGGUGGGGGGUGAAUUUUACUUUCAUCUCAAUUUAUUAAAACCCACAACUAAAAUAAAUUUCAUUUCAAGGAUCAACAGUUUUAGACUUUCAGAUAGUAAAUGCUCAGAAGUACAUGCUACUCAAGAUAUUAAGAGAUCUGUAGAUCUACUAUUGAAUCAGAAUCUAUGUACUUGAACAAAUGUGUGAAUCUCAAAUGUCUCAAAGCAAAAGAAAAAGUGUUCUAGAGUGUUGUUGCUUUUUUAAAAAGCACUAAAGUUAGACCAAGGUAUAGUUUUGUUCUGAAAGACAUUUAGGUUAAUUGUAAAGAUAAGGAAUGCAUCAUGGGUCAAAAAUCAAACAUUCCUCUCAUGUUAUGUAUAUUUUGUUCCUGUUAUAUUGGCUUUAUUUUCAAAAUUGUAGUUUGUAGUAUUAGUUUCCUUUUAUUGGUAUUCUUGCAUAUACUAUUCAUUCAAUAAAUGAGUUAUGACUUUCAUA